ACACGUCUGUGUUAGGGCGGUGUUGCUGAGUUUCCAGCCUGAUCCAUGAACUGGACCCGUUGCCGCCCCCGGGACGAGCCGCGCAGCGCGGGUGGACGGUUCUACGAUCACUCACAGCCCGUGGGCGGCGCCGCGGCUGCUUCCCGCUUCAGGGGCCGGACCUCGGUAGUCGGGACUGGGCGCCGCGGGAGCAGGUUCCGUGUCCGGGGAGGACAGGGGAGGGGAGGACAGGCCGAUGGAGAGCGCGUCGUUGCCGGACCUGGCGGCCGAGCUGACCUGUGCCAUUUGCCUGGAGCUGCUGCGGGAGCCGGUGACGGCGCCGUGUGGACACAACUUCUGCCAGGAUUGCCUGGCUCUGUACUGGGCCGAGCAACGCGGUGCAUCCGCCGGCUUCAGCUGCCCGCAAUGUCGCUGCUUCUGGGCCCAGCGGCCAGAGCUACGGCCCAACCGUGUCCUGUGCGCCGUGGUGGCGGGGCUGGGGCGGGCGCUGCCCGGGGAAGGGGCCGGUGAUGGGGACGGGGACGGGGCCGGGGACGGGGACAAGGCGGUGCCGUGCGAUGCCUGCCCGCCCGCCUCCGCCGCCGCCGCCACCCGCACCUGCCUCACCUGCCUGGCCUCGUACUGCGGGCCUCACCUGGAGCCGCACGUCAAUAGCCCGGCCCUACGAUCACACUCGCUCUGCCCGCCGCUGCCCGACCUCGCCCAGCGCUGCUGCCCCCAACACCACAAACUACUCGAGUUCCGAUGCCCGCAACACGCUCUGUGUCUCUGCGCCGUCUGUCUACUCGAACACGGUACCUGCAACACUCGCACCGAGGAGGAGGCCCGCGGGCAGCGGCAGGAGGAGCUGAAGGGCGAGCAGAAGGAGAUGGAGUUCCGGCUGAUGCAGUUACAACACAGCAUGGAGCGCAUGCAGUUCCAGAAGGAGCACGUCAAGGACUCGUCGACCAAGGAGAAGGUGGCGGUGGCGGCGGCGUUGGCGGAGAUGCGGGCGAUGGUGGAGAAGGAGGAGGAGGCUGCGGCGCAGCUGAUUGAAGCGGAGGAGAGCCGAGCGGACAGCGAGUGUGUCGGGGCGCUGGCGGACAUGAGCGAGCAACUGGAGCUGAUCAAGGAGCAUCGGCAGCGGCUCAACGUGGUGCUGGCUCACACCGGCGGCAUCGCCUUCUGGCAGAGGGUGGAGGAGCUGCCGGACGUUGGCCCGGACGCCGCCAAGGACCGGCCAGCGGCGGUGGAGGUUGACGCGUGGCGGCUGCAGCUGAUCAGCAGAGCCGUGAACACCGUGCGAUCCAGGCUGGCGCAGCAGCUCAAGUGGCCGCUGGAACGGCGGGUGCGGAACCUGGAGGAGGCCGACCAGGCCGGACAGAAGCCGCGGCCCCCACCACAGACGCCUGUCCCGGAGGUGACAGAGAUCCCCGGAGCCGGCCCCGACACGGAGACAAACAGCGCUGGACCGAGAGACGCCGCCGACACAGUCAGCGGUGCCGCCCCCCGCGGACGCUCCAAAAAACCCAAGAACAAGCCUGAAAAUCAGCCGAACAUUCCUCCACUGAUUAUGCCCAUAUUCGGGACAACGGACCACCUAUCCCUACUGUGCCAUCCAUUUCUGCCAAUGCACGCACCACAGGACAAGCAGGGUAGACCCGGAAACAUGAGGGCCAAAUCAACAGGCCCCCAGCGCCUGCCGGCCACUGACGCAGAGAGGCAGAAGAAACCGUCGGCACCACGGACCCGCCAGGACUUCAUGCAGUACAACUGCAAGGUGACCUUUAACUAUCGCACAGCCCACAAGAAGCUGGUGGUGGGCGAUCGUUACACCAGUGUGUGUGUGGGUGACAAGACACAGUCGGGGCCCGAGUACGCUGAACGUUUCUACAACUGCUGCCAGGUGCUGGGUCUGCAGUGGUUCACCAAUGGUCGCCGUUACUGGCAGGUGGGAGUGCAGGGUCCGAGCUUCUGGGCAGUGGGGGUGGCAGGGGCUGGCAUGGAUCGCAGCGGCUCAUCCAGUCGGCUGGGCAGGAACGGGCUGAGCUGGUGCGUGGAGAGCUUUGGGCAGAAGCUGUCAGCCUGGCACGACAACCUGCAGGUGCAGCUCCAGGUACCACAGCCCCAGGCGAUCGGCGUGUACCUGGACUUCGAGGCCGGGGAGGUGGCAUUCUACUCAGUGGGAGCCGCCAUGCUACUGCUCGCUCACUUCAACGGCCCCCUGAGGGGACAACUGCACCCCGCCUGCUGGCUCUGCUCCAGUGGGACCAAGCUCAUGCUGGGUCAGUAACCCCCCCCCCCCAAACCCCCACCCCCCCUGGGGACCGGACCCCCACCUGCUGGCUCUGCUCCAGUGGGACCAAGCUCAUGCUGGGACAGUAACCCCCCCCCCCCCCCAAACCCCCACCCCCCUGGGGACCGGACCCCACCCCGGACCAAACCACAGCCCCGACUGCUGGCUCUGCUCCAGUGGGACUAGGCUCACACCAGAUUAUAGAGCAGAGCAAGAUGCGCCACUCUGCGAAAAAAGCGUAGUAUGACAUGGGUAUGACAUGACGCCAUUUUAUUGAGCUGCAAUUUACAAUAAUAAUAAAAUUUACAAUAAUGUUAACUAAAUAUGUGAAGUGAUGGAUGCUCUAUAACACACUGUUCCCUGCGGGCAGAUACUUGAGGCUCUCCCGCCGACCGCCUUCAUCUGGUAUCGGGGGGGACCGAUCGAGAAUCAGUCCUGGAUCAACUCAGGAAUAGAGGAAAUGUCCUCU